AUGGUACACGCCACGAAAGGAGUGUUGGUGACUUGCGAUGCUACGAUGAAGCAAUUCCUGCUCUUCUUGGACAAGGAGCAUCAUUUCAUCAUCAAGGAUUUGGAUGAAACCCAUCUUCUGGUGGACGCAGCCAAGGCGACCCUCAUACAGGAAAAGAUGAACGAGAUGUACGAGGAAAACACCUACGUGCCAAUAAAGACUGACAACUAA